GGGCGCCCCUGUUUCAGCUCAUUAGUUUGUUGGUGUCUGCUAUGUGAAGUGGUGUCUAUCAGGACCUCGCCUGUGUGUUCCUCGCCAUUGUAGGAUAUCUGAUUUUGAAAAGUGAUGCUUCAUUCCGGAUAAAAGAGGAACUUUUUACUGAUGAAGUCACUAUACAUUUAUGCUACUGAUGUGUAACUCUGAAACAUUAAAAUUGACUAUCCUUGUGGGCGAUUGAGACGUGACCAAGGUGUCAAAGGUAUUCGGAGCUUUUAUGCCCUUUUGUGUCAUACAAGUGGAAGAGCAGUACUGCCAAAAUUGGAAAAGGAAACUUUCAGUUCGUAUAUUACAGUUCUUAAGAGUACGGCGUGACUCGACUUUGCCUAGCAAUAAGAUUACAUCGCUACGCAAAUUGACAGCCUGUUGAUAAGUGAAUUUUACACCUGGACAUUCACUUUUCUGAAUAAAAUGCCUGAAAACUUUGGCAGGUUUGGUCAAGAGGAUGAACUCUUCGAUUUUGGCAAUGGUUUCCCAGAUGACCCUUGUGACGUAGACAUAUUGAAGCUGCCAAUUGACGAUGACGGGAAUGUUCUCUCGGCCGAUGACUUCUUCCGUAAGAUAAUGGACGAAACGAAAACUGACAUAAGGUACCCCAAAUUCAUGAAAGUAGGGGCGAAGAAUAAAAAGGACCCUCAUGUGCGGGUGGUUGGUGAGCCUGAGGCAGUUCGCAUUGCUGGAGCAAUGGUUCGACAUGAAUUGGAACCCCACAGUAAAGUGACCAUGAAACUUGACGUGUCUUGGGUACAUCAUUCUCAUCUCAUCGGCAAAGGUGGCAACACCAUCCAACCUAUUGUAAAACGUACAGGUGUGAGCAUUCAUUUUCCAGAUGGCAACAAAAACAGUGAGGUGAGGAAGAGCAAUCUGGUAUCCAUAAAUGGCCGGGGUGAUGAUUUGUCAGGCUUGGAAGAAGCCAGGGCAUGUAUAAGAAAUUUAACACCUCUAGUGUUCACUUUCUCUCUCUCUGCUAGUGCUCAAUUCAUCAACAUAUCAGAUCCCAGUUUGCUCAUACAACAACUGCAAAAUACAUAUAAUGUGCAAGUUGAUCUGAAAGUAACAGAUGAUCUUACUCCCAUGAUUGUGGGGUCAGUGAGGGGAGACGAGUUGGAUGCGGUUCGUGUAAAGGAAGCCACCCUUUGUAUUUUACAAGCAUAUUGUGAUACAUUAGCUAAACAAAUGCCUGUUCAGAUGAGCUUGGAGAUUUCUCCACAACAUCAUAAUUUUGUUUUAGGACGUAAUAAUGAAACUUUGAAACGUAUUAUGCAGCGCACAGCUACAAAAAUCACAUUCCCUGAUACAAGUGACAUGAAUGUGCAUCCCCUGAGGAAGUCUACAGUUGUAAUUAGUGGUGCGAUAGACAAUGUAUAUUUAGCUCGACAAAAUAUCCUUGGUGCCUUGCCUCUUGUUCUUAUGUUUGAACUUAUGCCUGAACAAGAAGUGGAUGUAGGUGAUAUACCUAGGAUAAUGCAGAAUUAUGAUGUAAAUAUCACUAUUAAGAAUAAGAGAUUGGACGGCCGAAGAUUAGUUGUAAUUAAGGGAGCUGAGAAAAAUGCAGAUAACAUAUAUGAAGCCUGGCGCAUUGUUGUAAAGGCUGAGAAGGAACCCCCAAAGGCUCGAAUUCCUGCAAACUACCAUAUUUCUGAAGCUGCCCCUUUAUAUGGACUUAGCAUGACACUAGCAGAUCUGAACCUUGGCCAUUGGUUAGGUGGCAGUGGAAACAGUUCUCCAACCAGUACCCCGGCACCCUCACAAUUGCAUUCCAGCUCUCACUGGGGCGUAGUCCCUCCACCUUCAAGUAGCCAAGUUCCCUCUCCUCUUCCUCGCUCUCAGUAUAAUUCCCUUGCCCUAGAUCCUAAUACCCCUUACUACACAAACAAUUAUCUUCGUAAUGGUGCUCUUGAUGGCUAUAACAACAACUGCAUCUUAUCCAAGUCUUCGGGAAAGGGAAACUUCACUUCUGGAAUGAACCUCAAUUCUUUUAUCACAGGAAUGACACUUUCCAGUAGUGCAGAUGUAUCUUGUGGCACCAGUAGUAACAGCGGGAGCUCCAUGUCUUCUCCAGCACCAUCACCUAGAGACCCUUCCCCUGACCAAAUCAUGGGAAGCCAAAGUGCCUUACAGUAUGGGGAACUAGAUUCGACUUCAAAAAUAGGUAUCAAAGCUCUCUCUGUGAUGAUGACCGACAUUGAACGCCGUGCUCCAGGCUGUGAAAAGAAGCGUUUGGAAUUGGAGCAUCAGAAGUUGACAUCUCUUUCAGAUUACAACUCCAAGAAGCUCCAAGCUGCAAAGGCUAUGAAGGAACAAGUGAACACCAACCCAAGGACCCCAACCUCGAGCUGGUCAGGAUAUGGUUUCAGCAAGAGCAUGCCAGGAUUCAUGAUUCGUCAGAAGUUGCAAGAGAGCAGGCUUCAAAAGAGUAGUCAUAAGGGAGAACUGGAAAGCUGGGAUGGAUGGCAGUCAACAGAAGGAGAGAAAUCGGACUUUACAUCACAUCAAGGACUUUCCAAUAUACCUUAUUCUUCUCACUUAACACAGCAGAUCAGUGCAAACCUUGGGAAUAGUGAUGGCAGUUUGGCUUUGCAGAGGCCACUUGUUAGUCUCUCGGCAAGCAACUUCAUUGACUGUGUUUUACCUCGCCCCUGCAAAACCACAGGCUCUCCCAGUCAAAGGGAUAUAACAUCAAUACUCACAGACAUACAGCUUGAGCAGUAUAUUGAUGUAUUUGCUGCUCAAGAAGUUGACCUUGAUAUGUUCUUGACUUUAAAUGACACUGACCUCAAGGAACUUGGAAUAAAGAUAUUUGGACAUCGCAAGCGUAUUUUAAUGGUUAUAAAAGAUUUAGCAAGUAAGAAGCCCUUUUAUGGUGUAAACAUGACCCAAAUGGACCACCCAGCCGUUCUGAGGGAGGGAUCAUCCUCUACCUGGGACUGAUUAAAUGUAUUGCAAUGAAAUUUCAGUGCUACGUAUUGAAAUGUAAUGCUUUCCUUCUGUAAUUUUUUUUAUUACAUUAUUUUACUGCAUGGUGUUGACUUUGUUAACAAGUUGGUUGACUAGAGAUUUUUUGGGGAUGAGUAUAUGGUCAUUGUUAUGAUAGACAAUUAACCGUAACCAAAAUAUUUGUCUGCAAUUGAAUGCUCCACAAGUUUUGACAUAAUUUGCCUUACUGUAGUGCUGUACUUGGAGCAAAUCCUAUUUAAGCAUUUUACUAAAUGAAUGAUGUUGAAUGAAAGCAUUGUUGUUAAUUUAGGUAUUGUCCAUUCUUUAUUAUGUCUAGUGAUGACACAAUUGUUCCAAUUGUCAUAGUCUUUUUGCGUAAUGUGUUGUAGAUUUACUUCCAGACU